CCCGCCCGGAGCCCCGCCGCGCGGCGCUCGCCGGGCCCAUGGCCGGGGUCACCUACUCCCCGCCCUGGUGGGUCAACCUGCUGCACAGGCUGCCUCAUUUCAACCUGCAGUGGGAGGCCACCCCCAGCCGGUUCCGCCCCGAAGACCCGGACUAUCAGCAGGCCCUGCUGCUGCUAGGUGGCGUGGCCUUGUCCUGCCUCGCUCUCGAUCUCCUCUUCCUCCUCUUCUACUCCUUCUGGCUGUGCUGUCGUCACCGGAAGAGCGAGGAGCACCUCAACGCCGACUGCUGCUGUACUGCCUGGUGCGUCAUCAUCGCCACCUUGGUCUGCAGCGCUGGCAUCGCCGUCGGAUUUUAUGGCAAUGGGGAGACCAGUGAUGGUAUCCACCGACUCACAUAUUCUCUCCGACACGCCAACCGCACAGUGGCAGGAGUCCAGGAUCGGGUGGCCGACACAACCGUAGCCGUGAACCAGACCGUGGAAUCCAGCCUGCAGACUUUGGAGAAACUGUUUUCGAAGCACUCAGACUACCUUCACGUGGUCCAGAAACUCCAAGGCCUCCUGGAUGAGCUGGUCCGGCAAACCGCAGAUAUUCCCUUCUGGAAGAACAAGGAGAUCUCCCUAGAGGAAGUAGCCAUUCAAAUUGACCUGUACGACUGGUACAGGUGGCUGGGGUACCUAGGCCUGCUCCUGUUCAAUGUCCUCAUAUGUUUGCUCGUGCUCUUUGGGCUCAUCCGAAACUCCAAGGCGAUUCUAGUGGGGGUGUGUUUGCUGGGGGUGCUUGCCUUGAUCAUCAGCUGGGGAGCGCUGGGGCUGGAGCUCGCCGUUGCUGUGGGCUCUAGUGACUUUUGUGUUGACCCUGACACCUAUGUGACUAAAAUGGUGGAAGAUCAUUCAGUGCUCAGUUCAGAGAUCCUUCGUUACUACCUUGUCUGUACUGCCGGUUACACAAACCCCUUUCAGCAGAAGCUGUCUGGCAGUCACAAAGCCCUAGUGGAGAUGCAGGACGAUGUCUUAGAACUCCUGAGGUCAGCCCUCCGAGACUUCCCCACCUCCAAGGAUCAUCUGAUUCGGAUCCAGGAAAUUCUGAACUCCACUGAGAUCAAUUUGCAGCACCUGACGGCCCUGGUGGACUGCCGGAGUCUGCACUUGGACUACAUCCAAGCACUGACUGGCUUCUGCUAUGACGGGGUCGAGGGGCUCAUCUACCUGGUGCUGUUCUCCUUCGUCACGGCGCUCAUGUUCAGCUCCAUCGUGUGCAGCAUCCCUCAUACCUGGCAGCAGAAGAGGGGCUCAGAUGAUGAUGGGGAAGAAGAGUUGGCGACUCAAGGCAACCGGCAGACUCAUGACAACCUGUACAGAGUCCACAUGCCCAGCCUCUACAGCUGUGGGAGCAGCUAUGGAAGCGAGACCAGUAUCCCAGCAGCCGCCCACACCGUCAGCAAUGCUCCUGUAACGGAGUACAUGAGCCAGAAUGCCAACUUCCAGAACCCUCGCUGUGAAAACACCCCUCUGAUUGGUCGAGAGUCCCCACCUCCUUCAUACACCUCCAGCAUGAGAGCUAAAUACCUCGCUACCAACCAGCCGCGCCCCGACUCUGGCAGUGUGCAUUAAAAACACCAACACCCACUGACCCGAUUGCAAACGUGCCAACUCUGCGUCUCUCCCCAUCCCGUGCCCGCAGAACUUCCCUCUCCCCCCACCCUUCCAUGCCAGCCCUGCUCUUCCCGCUUCUACGUAGCUCUCCUCCGUCCUCACUCCCGGGACCCGUCCACUGGGAGUCUGAGAGGCGGCCCCAUUGCAGAUGGAGUCGGGAACGUUGGGUGCAGCCCGGGGAGAGAGCAGUGCUCCAGUCAGACGGCCGAGAGAGAGAGUGCUCGCCGGCCUGUUGGGGCCCCUCGGCCGACGCCCAGUUGCGUGCUCGUUCUGAAAAGGGAUCAGGAUUAUUGCAAACCCAUAUCCUCAUCCUCUCCCUCCACCACAUCCUCACCCUUCCUGCAGAGGGACUGGAUGUAAGUUGCUCUAGGACUCCAAUCUCAAGUUAUCCCUUAUGGUGCUUCUCUCAUUUGUUCCGGAUCAGCUUGAAGAUGGAGGAGCUUCGAGUCCACUCCAUUUACGUCCACGGCAGGAAGACGGCCGCACAGACACCCACUGGCUGCCCACGGGAAUGGUGAUCUUCCCUCCCCGCACCCCCAACACAACCCCCCCAGUCGCCCAACUACUUUGGUUCCAAUCUCCCGAAAGUUGAGUCUUCUCUAGGGCUCGGUCCCAGGCUUGUGGCUAGACCAUGCCGAUGUUUUCCCUUCUACCUUACCAGCCCUUUAAAGCAGUGAUCUCGAUAUCAUCACUCUGUCCCGGUUACCAGGCUUGGACUUCUCCAGGAGAAGCAAGGCAGGAUCUCAGCAUGAGCGAGUGGCCCUCGGUUGACCCUUGCCCCUACUGAGUGUCUCGCUUCGGUCUUUCAGGUCCACUUGUCUGUGUCCCCUCCACCCUUGCCUCCGGCCUCAUUUCCAGCACUGUCUUUCUGAGCUCAGUCUGGCCCUCCUAGGACCACAGGAGUGGCAGCUUCCCAGGUGCCAAAUUCCUCCCCAAAACUUGGCAGCUUUUUUCUUUUUCUUUUCUCUCUCUCUCUCUCUCUCUCUCUCUCUCUAAUCUAGGGAAAGCACCUGGACCUUCAUCUUGAAGUAAAAUCGCAGGGCUCAGUCAACACUGGCCACCAUGGCCAACUAUCAGCUGCUGGUUUUAUUUUUUCAGUUAAGUUUCUAUCUAGAAAUAGAAGUGUCCGCCUUAGCGAGGCCCCAGCAUCAAAGCGAUCUCUGCUCUAGGGCCACACACACUCUGGGAUCAAAAAAAAAAACAGCCAAGGCUCAUAACAUAGCUGUGAAUAAUGGAGUUAGCUGUUUCUCCCUCCUGCUGCUCCUCCUCUUUCUCCUCCUGGUGCUGCACACUUAUCCUAGGUUCAUUCGACUGGGCCCAGAUUACAGACAGGGCAGCAGAGUCUCCUUCCUUGCUCCAUCCCCCAUUAAGGUGGCUUGACUACCUAUCCUCAGUGGAAGAUUCACCCUCCCUGGAAUUUUGAGGACAGAGAAGUCAAUGGACCUAGGUGGGGAAUUCACCUCUCCUCUGGUCCCGCAACUUAGCCCAGUUGUCAGGAAAGGGAGAUUGAGACCUGAAUUUGAUCUCUAGGCAGUUAGCCUGCUCCUGACAAGUACCAGCAGCUCAGCUAGGCUGCCCUAUUUCCUUACCACUAAAACUCUGCAGCUCUUGGGCUGGCCGAAGCUACCAUGGGCAACCUGAUGGACGGGCGGUCAGGGCCGUGGGAUCCAUUCUGUUUCUGGUCACACUGACAUAUUGCACGUGUCUCUGGCCUCUUUAUUUCACCUGCCUCACUUUGGUGAGGUGGGCUAGGGAAGAGACAAGAUUUACUUUUGAGGUGCUCUGAGAGGCUCCCGACAUGAAAAGCCCUGUCUCAGUGCAGAGUGCUUUUUUUAUUCCACUUCCAACUUCGCUGCUGACCUCCUUCUGCCAACUUCCCUGCCAUCCCCCGCCCCCCGAGCUUAUUUAACUGAUGAAGAGCUGAUUCUUCCCAGAGAAGCAGGGCACUUCAGCUUAGAUAACCCUGAGUCUGACCAAACCACUGAAAUCCUGGGUUGGCCACUGACCUUGAGGUGAGGGAGCGAGAAGGAGGCCCCGCUGGCAGUGAGGAUCGGCGGAAACACCGAAUCCAUCGGUCCCCUGUCCUUCGCAGUUGAGCAAAGUAAAGGCGUUUGGGUAGAUUUGACCCUAGUUUACAGAUAGAUAUAGAUACUGUGGCUCUUUCUAAGAGAAUAAUUGAUGCUAAUGAACAAACACAUUCCCGUUUGUCCUGGAAAUGGCCAGCCCAGCUCCAUCUCUUUGAGCAGUUAUAAAUUUCUCCCCACCAAGCCUUUCCUCUCAGUAAACCCUAUCAAUUGCUCAUUGUGGGUUAAAAAAUUAAAGCAUCCAAGUCUCUUCCCGGCGCUGCCCUAAUUGCUUGUCCCGUAGGGUCUAGCGUUUGGGACAAGAAGGAUGAGGCAAGAGAGAAUCCCACCCCAAACUUCAGUCAAACCCUCAUUUCAGGGAAUGGGCCAUUUUAAGGGGAGAGAAUCGAGGGGCAGAAAGGUUGCCCCUGGGCAUGGAGCAGGGGGGAAUUGGCCCCGCUCACCCCAGAAGGUAAGCGAGGGUCCUGCACUUCCUUGCGGUCUUAAGUCCUUCAACUGCACCCGGCCCCUGCUCGGGCUUAGCCGCCAGUCAUCCCAGCCCAAGCGUUGACCUCAACGUGUACUGAUGAGCGCUGGACCCCCCCAUCUUGGCUCUCAGGGCUGCCUCAAGAGUGGGGGUGGGGCAGCAGGCGAGCUCUCUCCGGUCACCAUCUGGCCUGACCAGGCCAGUCAAACCUCGGGCAAGCUGCAUCGGUGGCAUCUGGAACCAAGGCUGUUCUUGAUAAGGAGUUCACCCUUGGUCUGAAGACCAGCUGCCUGGCUGCAACGUGACCUGGAAAACGUCGACGCUCUACACGGAAGGCCAAGCCGUUUUUAUUUAUUGGACCGAGCUGUUCUCUCAAACACCGGAGAGAGGGACUGGCAAAGAGUGACUGCAGAGGUGAGAGAAUUUGGUGACCUGGGCCCAGCUGGGCAGUCGUAGGAGGGACCAGUCUGUCGGGAUCAGCUGGGCGGUCACAGACUUUGGUCAAAAAUCUCAAUCCCGGUGACCUCAGAGGACCUUAGAACUCAACAUCUCAUCGGACUGCAAGCUCCUUCCUUCAUUAUUUGGAGCUCUUUGAGGGCAGGGCUUGUGACUUUUGUGAGUUCUCAGCUCCUAGCCCACCAAGGGCCCUCAGAUAUUAAACCUAUUGACCUCCACCUGCCCGGAGGAGCUUUUUCAAACUCCUCCCCGAAGACGAAGACGUCAGUGAGGAGCCAAGGGGCAUUUUCUUUGUGCAUCUGACUCCUAUUUUCAUGGCCCCACCUGAGACACCACCACCUGAGGUGCCAAGACUGUGGGGCUCGCUCUCUCUCCUCCUCCUUUCCUCCCCCCACCCUUGUUUUAUCCCUCCUUCCCCACUCCCCUCCCCCCACAUCGGCUCCCAAGCCCAGCGAAGCUGAGAGGGAGUGUCGGAAAGGAUCUCUAUCAUCUCAUCCACAAGCAAAUAUUUUUACAGCCUCCCCGCUCCCCUCACCUUCUCCAGUCCCACUGCCACGCACUGCAUUUUGGACGCUCUCUGUGGUUGAGCCUCGGGCCUACGUGUCAUUCUGUUAGAAGCACAAACGUGGUCCUCAGCUUUGUCUGGUAUGUUCAGUUCUCGCUCCACUUCACCCUCAUGAGCAAAAAAUGGAAAACAGAGGAUAAACAAAAAAAAGCCCUCUGAUUUGGGGAAGGAACUGCAAUCUCUUCCAAGCACAUGAACAUGUCCACAAUGUGAAAUGUAAAUAGCAUGUUGGGCUCUCACGUCCAGUGUUCAAGACUGCAUUGUACUUGUAAAGGAAAUCCAACUCCAGACUUGGCUGUGAAUCUCUCGUGCUGUCUUGGGAAUCUUAACUAUAGUGUUUGUAUCCUGUCUGUAAUCUUUUAACACCGUUCAUUUUACUUAUUGAUAAAAAAAAAGGGUUCAAAUGUAAAUCUGAGCAUUUGGAGUGAGGUUUUCUCAAUAUAUGUCCAGCCCAACCUGAGAAAGGGGGAUGGGUUGCUCCUUUGGUUUUAUUUUGGGUGUGUUUUUCUUUCUUUUUUUUUUUCUUCCCCCAAAUCGCCUUCCAGCCCCCUGACCGUUUCCCCAUUCUAGAAAGUGCUCAAAUGUCCCCACAUGCAGCUGGCCCCCUCACAGGGAUACUCCGGACACAGCUUAGUGCAGGGAGAGAAAUGGUGGCCACCCAAGAGGAAGGUUGCUGGAAAGUCACCAUUUCUCCUAGAGAAAGAGGUCCAAACAACUCGUGUUGCAUCAUAAGCUCAGUAGUAGCUCCCAUAACUCCUGGUCUUACAUUUCCUGACUCGGGGGUGGUGGCUUAGACAAGACAGGAGCAGGAGAGCUCCAGAUCCCACCUGAUUGUGGUUCCAAACAGGCUGGAGAAGGUGGAGGGCAAUACAGAAAUGCUGUCUGGAAUGACUUGGGGUGUCACGGGCAAGGUUGGGAUAGGUUGGUUCAGAGUAACCUCCAAGAGCUCAUAUUGUGUUCUGGACAGCUCAAAGAAACCAGAGCAGCUCAGAACUGUGGCUCCCAGGAGCCAGGACCUAACUCCCAGACCAUGCCCUAUGCCUCUAUUCCAGGGAGCUUGUCUUCCCAGCUCCAGGAAGAGAGAGAGGAUUCCUCCUUUUGUCCUCAUCUGUGGACCAGCAGGGAGAAAUUUACCCCCUGUUCUUCUGUGGUCUGAGAGCUAAUAUGGAGACCUGUCACAUCCCCCAGAGAAGCAGAUCACCAGCCCCCUUCCAGCUCACUCCUUUUCUUGGCUCAGGAAGCCUGUAGUCGAACAUGAGACACUUUAGUUCCCAGAAAAUCAGCUGGCUCUUGCCUUCACGUCACUCAAGUUGUGUAGUUUUUUGUGUUCCAAAGUCCCCUGCCACAAGCCUCUCUUCUCCAGCCAGGGGUGAGUGGAUUUAUGUGUGUAGUAUCUUAUAUGCUCUCCUCCUGCCCCCAGAUUGACUAUUUCUCUAAUCCAGAUCUACCAAGGAGGAGGCCUCUCGGGACUCAGACUUGGCUAGGGCUCACUUGUAUGCACAUGGAUGCAUGCACAUGCACACACACGUGCAUGUGCGUGCGCGCGCACACACACACCCCACACGUAGUUGCUCUUUGGUUUUUGUCCUGGCCAAGCUCCCUGAGGAGGAGUAGCAAAUGAGACAUUCUUGGUGGUCCCAGCAGCCCGCUCUUCUGGGACUCCGCUUGCCUAGGCCUGAUUGGUCUGCUGAUUGACGGGAAAGGGGAUUGUCCUAGGAUUGUGGAGCUGGACCAGAGAGAGGAUUUCCAGGGAAUGGAUAAAGCUAUCCCUUUUGGAGUGGUCCUGGAGGCUCCCUCGACUCUCCGUACCCACGCCUCACUAUGCAAUUCCAAAUGGUAUUUUAUUUCUCACUGUCGAGGCCUGGGAAGGGCCUUCUCCCAUGGCCUGGAUCUGCCCUCGGCUCCUGGGAUCUCCUUGGAGAAAGGGGUAUCUCAACUUGGGUGUCCAGGGAAACUGACCUGUAAACCUACCCUUGGGCCUUUUGUACUUAUUUCUGUUUUGUUUCUAACCAUAAUGGUUGUAUAUCAUACCACUUUAUAUACAUUAUAUAUAAUAUAUAAAUAUAUAUAAUUUUUUUAAGAGACUUUGGACCUCCUAGUUCCUUUUGCAAGUCCCUGCGCUUGCCCCAACAUAUUUUUUAAAUCACGAGGGUUGAAUUGAGGCUUGAACCCAGUUUUGUAUUUUUUAUUUUAACUUCAGUAGUUUCAUGGAUGUACUGUAGCUAUUUUUUAUUGUGGUUUUUUUGGGUUGGUUUUUUUGGUUUGGGAUUUUUUUUUUUGCAACUAGUUAAAACAAAAACUCUUCAAUGUAAUUUCCGUGGUUUCUAUUCAGCUUGGGUUUAAUGUUUUAAAAUAAACAAGUGGAAAAAAUAAA